AAAGCAUAAUAGGAAAUGAUACACGCUGAAUGAGAGAACGUGUCUGAUCAGCUGAUGUACGUAAACAAUCUCUGCUGGGGUCCUUGAAGCAACAGGUGGUAGUCCAGGAGGCAGUAACAUGCCAAGGUAGUGCUCCAUCUCAACAGACCAGACCAAACACACAUCCUGUCAUCUCCUAGUCAGCCAGCACUGUGAUAAGGUUGAGGCCAAAAGAUGAAACAUGGGCCAUGAAGGACAUGUGACAGUUUGAUUAUAUAUUUUUUUCAAUUGCUCUAUACAUUCAGCUAACAUGUCUAUUCACCGAGGAGAAGUAGCUGAGGCUCCUGUGAGAAUUUUGAGCCCAUCCACAAGAAAACACAUGGCCUGUCGACUUGAUUCACGAAAGAUCCUGUUAGCCACACAGGGAAUCCACAGAGACUGGAGAGGUGUGGCAGAGCAGGCAGAGUUGGACGUGGGCAGUAUAAGCAGCGGAAAAAUUUCACCUACAGAACAUUGCUUGCAUUUACUUGGCCAGAAAGGAAGUCUGAUGGGACAGCUAUGGAACUAUCUGGAAGCUAUGGAUCGCUUUGAUGUUAUUGAUGACACAAGGGAUAUGAUAUAUGCUGAUUACGACAAGUGUAUGAAGGAAGGUGGUGGGGCCUUGGCUGCUCUGCCACCACCUAUGGACCAGCUAGUGACUGAUGUGGCUGCAUAUGACGAUAAUAUCCUUACUGUUGAUGAUCGUAAAAAUUUGAGCUUGGGACUUGGAUUGCAACAGUACACAGCUCUUGUACUUUUUGCUGAUGAGGAUAUUGAUUUUGUUCAAGAAAUGGUGGAAAAACUAGAAGGAGAAUAUGGUCUUAAGCUAUGCCUUAAAGAUAGAGACUUAAUUGGAGGACUUCAGUUUGAGUCGGAAAGCAUUGUGAAACUGAUCAUUGAGCGCUGCAUGAGGGUCAUUGUUAUCUUGUCACCGGAAUUCUUGGCCUCUAAUGCAAACAAAUUCUUCGUUAUGUUUGCCCAUGCUCUCAGUAUAGAUCAACGAAGGCGCAUUGUCAUCCCAUGUCUUUAUAAGCCUUGUACCAAGCCUCCUGUUAUAAGUUUUUGCCACUCCCUGGAUUACUAUCGAGCAAAAGGGUAUUGGAAUUACUGGGAAAAGCUACGAGAUUCACUCGCUUAUCAACCAAAUGUUUCCUCAAGAACUGAGUCUGGAGUAAGAAUACGGGAACUCUCUGGCUCCUCCACUUCAUCCCAAAUGUCUUCCUCAUCUCUCAACAUUGUAACUACACCGUCUCCAUCACAGUCACCAAGCUUCUUCUCCAAGUUUCUUCGCAGAUCAGAUGGAAAAGGAAAGACAAAAAAUGGCUCAGCUGCUCUGAAAGACUCUGCUAGUCAAGUAAGCAAAGAUGAAGUUGAUCAGGUGGCAUCAGAUGAGAAAGACCCCGUUGGCACAAAUGGUUUCCUCUGCAGCUCUGCCAUCCCCAUACAGAACACUCAACAGCGGCCUGUUCUUCACCUGAGCAUGUCGUCCACUUCUGGGGAAUCCAGUGAUUAUACAAGUGUUUUUGAAGCUUUACCAGAUGUUCCUACAACUCCACCCUGUGCAAGUCCCAUGAGCACUACUAGUUCUGCAGCUUUGUUAUUACCAGAUGACAGCACUCCCACUUCAAGACCAUCACGAAUUCUAGAGAAAAUUUUUAAAGGCAAAAAAAAGCAUAAGAUUUAUAAUUAAUUAUCUAUUUUUAAAAUGCAACAGUAAGUGAAGUUUUGCAAGUGCAUUGAUAUAAAAACCAGCCAGAUUAUAUGUAUGUAUUUGUCAAUCAUAUAUUUACUUGAUUAAAAGAAAUUCAAGCCAAAGACAUAGGACAUAAGCUCCAUAAAUAGAUAUAGAUAAAAGUGGACCCUUUAUUUCCUGGAUGAGAUCAAACGUAUGGAGAAUUUGAAUUAGUAUAUAACCAUGGGUGCUGUGCCAGUUAUAUUGAUGCUGAAGCUCUGUAGGGCCUGACAAAAUUUUGCCAUUUUAUAUAUAUAUAUAUAUAUAUAUAUAUAUAUAUAUAUAUAUAUAUAUAUAUAUAUAUAUAUAAUCACAUUUUGUCUAUAUUCACUAAUUAUCAUCAUAAAACAUUUUAACUAGCAGUACUAUGAACAAAAUUAUGAAGAUAACACAAUAGAGUAAACUCCCGCAUAUGUUGGACCAGUUAGGGGAAAGUCAAUUCAAGUUAACCAAAAAACCAAGUUACCCAAAAGAUUUUAUUUUUCUAACUAUUUUUUGUAUGCCUUCUACCUUGAGCAGUUGAAAUUAUGUAAAUAAGUACUGCAACAUAUAUGAUCCGUCAAUGCACGCACACACACACACACACACACACACUCACGAUAAGUAAAUGACACGUCGAUGCACACACACACACACACACACACACACA